AUGGAUCCUCCACAUAGCGCUGAGAUUCUCAGCAUCCCUACCCAUUCCAGCGGUUCUACCACCUUACGCUGCUGCUGUGGCCGCAAUGAUUGUGCUUUACUAGAGCAUAACAAUGUAGCUCUCGAGGGCUUGGAGAAGGAUCUGGAGACUGCCGCUAGGCUAGGUCAGGCCUUGCUCCACCGUCAUGAAAGUUAUAUGGCUGAAGCGGAAGAGGACCGUCAUCGGUUGGUCGACAACAUUGACGAUCUCGAGCGAGAAAAGCAACAAUUCCAAGCAGAAAAUGCCCGCAUCAUCGAAGAGAAUCGUAAUUUAUUGGAGCAACUUGACAAUUUGAAUCAAGCGGUCGCCGAGUCUGACGACCAUGUCAAGUCCCUAACUAGAACGCUGGAGAGUACCGAGUUUGAGUUGCGAAGAUUGACAGCGGCUGCAACGCGUGCCGCAGAACUCGAGGCCCAACUAGCUCUCAUGGAGACAGAACAGUCUAAGCUUCAAGAGAGCCUUGUGUCAGUGCAUGAAGACGAGAAAUCCGCCGUCCAACGGUGGAAACAAGCAGAAGCCACCCUGCGAGACCUCCAUGAUCAAGUCGACCGCAUUGAGAAAGAGGCACGCGAGGAGAGGGAUCGACAUACAGACAUCGUCCAACGCAUGGAGCGCAAGAGAGCUGUGGAGCGCGAGCUGGACAAUGCAGCGGGCCGUCUUAAAGGUGCCGCUGCCGCCUCCGAACUCAACCGCAACGCUGGUGGUACAAACGUGGUCUCUCGUUUCGUCAAGGACAUAUUGCAAGACAACGCCAAUCUGCAGGUCGGGAUCAUAGAGCUACGUGACAUGCUUCAGAGCUCGAAUGAAGAAGUACAGAAUUUACGGGAACAGGUUAUCUCUCAUCAGCCGCUGGCCGGCAUCGAUGAGGAGGACAAUACAGAGCCAAGGCAUUCGACCACGCUGAGUGAGGAGCUACAAGCGAAGGAAAAACGACGUAUAUCUCAGGAAUUACACAUUCACCAUCAUUUCCACACACCAAGUCCAGCUCCAACUACGAAGAAAGAGAAAGGCACGCUCAGCCGUCGCGUGAAGAAACGCCGCCCCGCUUUGGGGAGCUCGGUAACAAUGCACUCUGCGGCACGGGCACAAUCGCCCCGAAGAGCCCCUCAUCGCUCCCAGUCAUCUGGAUCCUCUAUGUCAACCAUUCUGUCGCAGACCUCGGUAUCCAUCCCACCGCAUUCAUCCUCCCGCCGCUGGUCCUCACAAUCACAUGCUCCGGACUCGCUGGCAAGCUCUCCUCGGUCCGCGUUCCGGACGUCAUCGAUAUUUGAUCGUGUUGAACGUGGCGCCGAUUAUUCUGAGCCUACCAGCCCUGAAAGCACUGUGUUCUCUUCGCCUUUUAUGCAGGCACGGAACCUGAAGGGUCUUGAUAUACCGUUCCGGCCAAUGGAUGGAUUUGAUCACCAUGAUGCACCCGACGAACUAUCCGCAUAUGAAGAUGAUCUCUACAGCCGCCAAGACUUCUCGAACAUGGGCGAUAAUGCCACAAGAGAGCCAGCUAUCCCAGAAGAAUCGGAACCAUCACCAUCGGUAGCAUACUUCCCACCUAUGGGUGAGUCACUGACGACCACCGACGACAUUUUUACCAUGCAUGUACAGCCUUCCUCCUUGCGCAGAUCUUCUUCUCAUGACAGCUUGCUCUCCGUCUCCGUUGCUGGAAUGGACAUUCAUACACCCACCAGUCGCCACAAGCGAAUGGGCGACUGGCAUCCCGGCAUGCGGAUUCCUCAACGCAUCUUGUCACCCAGUGUCGAACUACUAUCAACACCCCCUGUGAUUUCAGCCCCGGCCAUCACAGCCAAUCGUGCAGCGAGCUCAGAACACACAUCCCAAUCAUUGCUUGCUUCCAUGGCUGCCGGGAACCCAACCAAGUCCGAUACAGCAUCUAUAGUAUCCACAGACAGCACUAGCACCAGCUCAACCUCAACCCUCGGGCCUCGCAAGACUAUGACGCUAGGUCGCCGCAUGGGAGGCUGGGUCCUAGGCCGCUGGGGCGUGGCACCGGUUUCUGCCGACAAUGACUCGCAAGAUCCGACAAACUCAUCAACCACGUCUGUGGCAUCGUCACCUCCUACAUCUACACCUACACCUACGCCCAAACCAAUUGACCCGCUCGCUCUCUGCUUCAGAUACCCAGGUGUGAACCAGAAGGGUCCGAUAAUGGGACUGCGGCCUCCACCUCCUGCUCCGAUCUCAAUUCAUGCAGAAAGCAUAGACGAAAACCUGCUGCGAGAGAGUCUAGCUGAAUAG